CACUUCAUAUACCCCCGUGGCGAUGGACUUUGUUGCAACUUGCAACCAAAUUCUGUGGCUGCGUGCGUACGAAGGGGCUUCGAUUCCAAUCUGAUCAGAGCGGCAAAGUUCAACCGGAGAUGCCGCCGCGGCGCGUGUGCGUCACCGGCGCCGGCGGGUUCAUCGGCUCGUGGCUCGUCAAUCUCCUCCUCUCCUGCGGCUACUUCUUCCACGGCACCGUCCGCAACCCAGAUGAUCCCAAGAACGCGUUUCUGAAGCAGCUAGAGAAUGCCACGGAGAAUCUGCAGCUGUUCAAGGCCGACGUGCUCGACGGCGGCUCGCUGACGGCGGCGUUCGCCGGCUGCGAGGGCGUCUUCCAUCCGGCCACUCCGGUGCCGGAAGAACAGAUGGUUGAUCCAGAGAAGGAGAUGAUGGCUCCUGCUGUGAAAGGCACCAGGAAUAUGCUGGAGGCUUGCUCUGCCGCAGGUGUUCAGAAACUCGUCGUGGUCUCCUCCAUUGCUGCUGUAUUCUUUAACCCGAGCUGGCCUCAUGACAGGCCAAAAGAUGAGACUUCUUGGUCAGACAAGAAGCUCUGCAUGGAAACUGAGCAUAGCUUCUUAUAAAUUUGAUCGAGCGUUGUUACAGUACAGCGGUCGGUACCGGUACCGCCCGAUACCAAAAUCCUGACCGUUGGAUCUGGCCCGAUCCAACGGCUGGUAGAGUUUGGUACCGGGCUGUACCAAUUCUGUCCCUGUGCAGUAUCACGCGGAGAACUGAGGUGGAAGGGCAAAAACGUAACUUUGCGUAUAAUAACCGGAUCGGGAGGGAUGGACGGGCAGCUCGAACCCUAGAAGCGUUGGGAUUCUCGAUCGAUCGACGCCGCCGCCGCCUCCUGGAUCGACGCCGCCGACUCUUGGAGGUGAACUCAGCCGUCUCUGGGAACGACGACAUCGACGCCGCCGCCUCCGGGAAGGACGACAUCGACGCCGCCACCGCCGCCGGGAACGACGAGUUCGCUGCUGCCGUCGACUGCUUCAACGUCGCCGCCGCUACCGCCGCAGGGAAGGACGACAUCGACGCCGCUGCCGCCGAGAAGGACGACAUCGACGCCGCCGCCACCGGGAACGACGAGUUCGCUACCGCCGCCGCUUGCUUCAACGCCGCUGCCGCUGGGAAGGACGAGUUCGAUGCCGCCGCAGCGGCCUACUUCAACGCAUGCCGGAAUCCGCCGCUCGCCGCCACUUGAUUGCUUCAACGCAUGGCCGGCGCCACUCUCUUCCGAUCCUACCCAUGCCGAAACGAACGGCAGAUGCGUACUGGUACCGAGCAGUACCAGUACCGAGCGGUACAAUUUGCUGGACCAUAAAAAAUCUUAAUUUGAUCAAACUUUAAUAAGUUUGAGUAAAAAAAAAUCAAAACGACUCAUAAUAUGUAACAGAGGAGGGUGUAUUUGUUUUUUGGCGAGCAUUAUUAAUCAGUUCUUAAUUAGGACUAA